AUGUACCAGGGAGCGGACCCGAGCUUACACCACGCGAUCCCGGUCCCGCCGAUGCAGUGGCUGGGGCGCACCGACGGAGAGGCGGAGUUACGACAGGCCCCCCCGGCGGGAGACGGAUUGUCGGAGGCCAUCCGACACCUGCUGCGGACGAAACCGGGUACGAUAGCGGUGGGGAACGCGGGCGGGGGGGAGUGUGGGCCGCUCUCCCUUGGCUAUGACGGAACCCGGGACAGGCCCGGCCGGUCCCAGACGGGAGAGCGAAGAGCUGACCUAGUUCGCUUUGCCCGGGAGAACCCGGGGCUCCUAUUGUUAGAAUUUCCGGCGAAAACGAUUAUCUCCCUCAGCCAAGCGGUCGCAAGGAGCUUCCGUGGAUACGCCCACCAAUACGAGGCCGAGCCCACCUUCGAGAUGUGGUGUUCUGCCGUGGCCUGCCCCGGAUUCAAGUACGACGAGGCGGCGUUCAUGAUCUCGGCGCUGGUGGACAACCGCGCGGUCGUCAUCUACCCGACGGGCAAAGGGGGGGUGGAGGGCCCCAUCGUCUACACGGCGGACCCGACCUCCUGCCGGGGAGCUCGCCACCUGGCCCUCGAUCGGGACACGGAACACGUGGUGACGCUGCGGCAGAUGAGUGGCACAUGGGCCUGGGGGACGUGGCGCCGCUCCCGAAGGACCUCGAGCGGGCUCGCCCGGCACGGGCUGCUCUCGGCGAAUGCGUUCGGCUUUGUCAAGGGCGGGUCGACUGAGUGGCCGAUCAGCCUGGUAGCCGCUGCGCAGUGGCACGCGAGGGAGACGGGAGCGGUACUACUACAGCUGUACAUGGACGCCACCUCCGCCUACGACACCAUCAGCCACCGAGGGACGGGCGUGGCUUGCGAGGCACUGGCGAUGCCCGACGAGGGCCGCGGCUGA